GACCUCCAGCUUCCUGAGACUGACGGAUCACUGGUCCGCUCCAUAGGGGAAUGGUAGGGUUUGGCAGCAGAGCCUCGAUGGAGCUCAGGUUGGGGCCUCGCCGGCGUUCCCCCCGGAUGCUAGCCCUAGUAGGCGACGGAGCGGAUCUCAUCAGCACUCUCCCCGACGACCUGCUACUCCUCGUCCUCGCCCGCCUGGGAUGCGCCGCCGCCGCCGCACGCACCGGCGUCCUCUCUCGCCGGUGGCGCGGCCUCUGGGCACGCCUCCGCCGGGUCGUCUUCAACGACGUCGCGCUCCACUCGCUCGAAGCUGCGCUCGGCUGCAUCCCUCCUCCCCCGCCCGCGGUUUCCCUCCUCCAAAUCCGCUUCCCCAUGCCGCGCGGGCGCGUCCCCAAGAAGCAGCUGGUGGACACCAACCGCGUCAACUCGUUGCUCCGCGCCGCCGCGCGGCUCGACCCGGAGGAGUUCUUCUUGGCCUUUCCCUGGGACCUAUUCCAAGCCCACGGUCUUCGCCUCCUCCUCGACCUGCCUUGCUUCCACCGUGCCACCUCCAUCGAGGUCGAGCUGGAUCUUUGUUGCACUAUCCGCUGCGUGCCAGCCGGCGGUGAGUUCUCCGCACUCGAGAGGCUGUCCCUGUGUUCCUGCACCGCCGAUCUCGACGCCUUGCUCUCCCGCUGCCCGCUAUUGCGGACGCUCCGGCUCACUGACGUUCGGUUCCAUGACGAUGUCAUGAGUGUCAACUCACCACUGCUGCAGGAGCUUAUUGUGGUCCAUGGGAGAUUUGUAGACCAUGUCAACAUUGUUGCCCCCAUGCUAACACAAUUGACCAUGUUCUUUGAAAUCUUCCAUACACAUAGUAUUUCCAUCUUGGCACCAAUGAUGGAGAAGUUCUCGUGGGGAUGUUAUUUAUAUGGGAACCAAGCUACGUUUGGUGUUUGGAUACUCAGGAAGCUGAGUCUAAAUACGGCAGAGGGGCAAGGGCAGCUCUCUUCGCUGCACGUGAAUGCCUGUGUUCCCACUCGUGUUCAAUUUUCUGCAAUCUUUGGGUAAACUAAAUUCUGUGCAUGACAUAUAUCCUCAAAAACUGUUUUUUCAGAGCCCGUCUACUAAUUUUUACGGUGAAACGGACAACCUUGAGCAGCAGAUAGUGAAGCAUAUGAUUGUUCCCUUCUAUGUUCUGGAGCUACACCUCACAACAAAGGAGCACGUUUACGGAGCAUUUGUGGUUCAUCUCCUUGGGAUAAAUCGAAUUCAUUGUGUUAUGCAAAGGCUUAAGGUCAACCUACAGAGACCAGAGGAAAACGAAGAAGGAUGCCUACCACACUGUCGCUGUGAUUCUCCGAACUGGAAAUCCCAAACUAUCUCUUUGACUUCUCUCGAAGAAGUAGAAAUCACAGGCUUUGAUGGAGAGGAUCAUGAGUUUGAUUUGUUGAAAUUGAUACUCAGAUGUGCACCAAUUCUGAAAAGAAUAAUUUUGAAGCUGUCACAGGAGGCCUCGGAAAGUAAUGACAGAUGUGCCAAAAUAUACAAUAUCUUAAGGGUGCAUUCUUCCGUGGAAUGCUCUAUUUAUCUUAGCUCUGGGUUAAUACAUGGCAGCCAGAAUUGCACAUUGACAUGAUUCUCAUCCUUACAUUGGCGAUUCAUGGUUAAUUCAUGGCAAUCAAAAUUCUCCCUCGACAGAUUCUUACUGUUACAUUUCUGGAUCCAUGGUGUGAAUCGACAAGAUCAUCCUUUCCCAUGAUGACAACCUUCUUAUGAUAUCAUUUGGUUUUAGAAUUUGUCCUGCUUGCUGCAACCAUUAGAAAAGGUGUUGUUUUGGCAGUGCACUGCCUCUGUUUGCUAGGAGUAUUGUACCCUUAGUUAUAUUCAUUUGUUGAAGUGGCACAAAUUAUUUUGCUCAACCUAGGUCAGCUAUGUGCUCCAAGUGAUCUCUGUUUCGACGCUGACUGAAGGAGAUUAGCUCGCUCUCUUAUCCUGAGAAUCACGUUAUGUUUCA